GUCCUCGAGCAAUUCAAGUGCAAAGGAAGUGAUUCCCACUUUAACAAUGGCAGGCAAAUUUCUAACUGGCGCCGCCCUCAUCCUGGCCAUUGCUGGAUCCUGUCACGCUGGUUUUGCGGCCACGUACGCUGGCUACCAUCCAGCCUACGCCACCUAUCAGGCUCCUGCUGUCUACCAUGCCGCCCCAGUGGCUCAUGCUCCGGCUGUGUACCAUCAGGUGGCACCGGUGCUAACCAAGACGGUGAUCCCGGCCGCAGCUCCUUUGUAUACUAAGGCCUAUGCUGUGCCCUCUCCGUUUGUCAAGGCAGCAGUGGCUGCUCCUCUGCCCGUGCCAGUGGUGAAGACUGUGGCACCUGUGGCUCCCGUAGCUGUUGCAGCUCCUGUCCUGAAGCAGGUCGAGUACGAGUCCUCGCCGCGCUAUGACUUCUCCUAUGGCGUCCACGAUAGCAUCACCGGAGAUAUCAAGAGCCAGGUGGAGACCCGUGACGGCGGUAAUGUGGUGGGCUCCUAUUCCGUCCUCGAUGCCGAUGGCUACAAGCGCACCGUGACCUACACUGCCGACGAUAUCAAUGGAUUCAACGCUGUGGUCCAGCGAGAGCCUGUGGUGGCUGCCCGAGCUCUGGCCACUCCUGUGGCUGUGGCUGCUCCUGUAGCUGUGGCUGCCCCUGCUCCCGUGGCCGUGGCUGCUCCUGCUCCCGUGACCGUGGCUGCUCCUGCUCCAGUUGCCUCGUUCCAAUCUCCCAUUUACUAUCCCCACCAGCAGGUGUUUGCCCCGCAGCAGGUGCAGCAAGUGCAGCCAGCUGAGCAGCAGGGUGAGGUUGUGGAGGCUCCUGUGGCCACUCCGCCAGAGCUGGAACCCACGCCCAUUGACUACAACGAGGAGCAGCAGCAGCAGGAGCAGCAGCAGCAGCAGCAGACGUAUCCCCAGGAUCAGCAGUUCCCGCCCUUCUCUUCUCCCGCCCCCGACAGCGAUGACUCCGAUGUGGUCGAGGCUCGAUCCGCUCCAGAGUCCAGCAGCACCACCUCCACCACCGCAGCUCCAGUUACUGAGGAGACCAAGAAGUCGGCUUAG